AUGGCGGUGGUACGGGGGCAGGGCGAGCUGAUUCCGCUACUCAAGGCAGCAGGAUGCGACAUGAACGAGCGGGGGGAGGACGGGAGGGCCGGUCUGCAUGUAGGAGCGACACUGGGGAGGGCGGGGAGCGUGAGGGAGCUGAUAGAGGCAGGGGCAGACGUAGAGGCGAAGGACUGGGAGGGAAAGACAUGCACAUGCGCACUGCUUGCGAGCGAGGGAGGGCACCUCGAGCUUCUUGUGUACCUUGUGAGGACAUGCGGUGAGGAGCUGCUGAGAGCCAAGGACGAUGAUGGCACGACAUGCGCGCUCGCGGCGAGUGAAGGAGGACACCUCAAGGUUGUCAAGUUUCUUGCUGAGACAUGCGGAGAGGAGGUGCUGAGAGAGAAGCGAAAUGACGGCCAGACGUUCGCGCUGCGUGCAAGCCUUGGAGGGCACGUGGAAGUGCUCAAGUACCAAGUGGAGACGUGCGGGGAGCAGGUGCUGAGAGACAAGGACAUCAAGGGCCGAACAUGCGCACUGCAGGCCAGCCAGGGGGGGCACGUGGAGGUGCUCAAGUAUCUCACUGAGAGGUACGAGGAGAAGGUGCUGAGGGAGCAGGACAACGCUGGCUCAUCAUGUGUGCAUUACGCAAGCCAGGGUGAUCGUGUUGAUGUGCUGGUAUACCUUGCAGAGACAUGCGGGAAGGAGGUGCUGAGAGCGAGGACGAAGGACGGCUCGACCUGUGCGCUAGCGGCAAGCGUUGUAGGUCACAUCAAUGUACUGAAGUACCUUGCGAAGACAUGUGGAGAGGAGGUGCUCAAAGAGAAGAACAACGACGGUGAGACGUGCUCGCAGCUGGCAAGCAGAGCAGGACACCUGAAGGUACUGAGGUACCUUGCUGAGACAGGCGGGGAGGAGGUACUGCGAGUCAGGGACAGUAUAGGCAAGACAUGCGCGCAUAAGGCGAGCGAGAAAGGACAUAUCGAGGUUCUGAAGUACUUUGUGAAGACCUUCGGAGAGGAGGUGCUGAGAGAAAAGGACAAGGAUGGCAGAACUUGCGCACUUUAUGCAAGCGCUGUAGGACAGGUAGAGGUACUGGGGUACCUUGCGGAGACAUGCGGGGAGGAGCUGAUGACCGAGAAAGACAACCAAGAUGUGACAUGUGCACACAUCGCAAGCCAAGAAGGACACGUUGAAGUCCUGAGGUACCUUGCCGAGACUUUCGGAGAGGAGCUGCUGAGAGCAAAGAAAAAUGACGACGCGACAUGCGCGCAUGUGGCAAGCUUGGGAGGUCGAGUGGAAGUGCUUAUGUAUCUUGCGCAAAGAUGCGGGGAGGGGAUGCUCAGGGACAAGGACAAGGCCGGUAGGACAUGCACGCAUUACGCUUGCCAAGAAGGGCAUCUAAAGGUACUGAGGUACAUCGCGGGGACAUGCGGGAAGGAGCUGCUGCAAGAGAGGGACAAGGAGGGUAUGACAUGCGCUCAUAGGGCUAGCGGGGGAGGGCAUGUGGAGGUACUGAAGUAUCUUGCUGAGACAUGCGGGGAGGAGAAGCUGCUGAGAGAGAAGAGCAGGGAUGGUAUGACAUGCGCGCAUAUCGCAACCAUGGGAGGGCAUGUGGAGGUAUUGAGGUACCUUGCGAAGACAUGCGGGGAGGAGCUUCUGAGAGAGAAGAACGAUGAUGGUAAGACAUGUGCGCAUAUCGCAACCCAGCAAGGGCACCUGGAAACACUGGCAUACCUCACAGAGACCUGCGGGAAGGACGUGUUGCGAGACAAGAACAAUGAUGGCCUGACAUGCGCGCACAUGGCAUGCCAGAAAGAACAUGUAGAGGUACUGAUGUACCUUGUCGAGACAUGCGGGGAGGAGCUGCUGAGAGAAAAGAGCGAUGGCGGACGGACGUGCGCACAUUGGGCUGGCUCUGUAGGGGGUGUGGAGGUACUGAUGUACCUUGUUGAGACAUGCGGGGAGGAGCUGCUGAGGGAAAGGGAUACUGAAGGCCUGACCUGCGCCCAUUUUGCGUCCAUCGUAGGACACGUGGAAGUACUGAGGUACCUUGCGGAAAAAUGCCGGAAAGAUCUUCUACGAGCAACAGAUUUUAUCAGCAGGACAUGCGCACACGCAGCAAGCGCGGGAGGUCAUGUGGAGGUACUGAAGUACCUGGUGGAGACAUGCGGGAAGGAGCUGCUGAGUGAGAAGAAGCGUGACGGAUGGACAUGCGCGCAUAUCGCAUGCCAGGAAGGGUAUAUGGAGGUACUGAAGUACCUCGCCGAGACAUGCGGGAAGAAGCUUCUGAGAGCUAAGACCGAUGACGGCCUGACGUGCGCGCAUAUCGCCAGCGCUCAAGGGCGUCUGGAGGUUCUGAAGUACCUUGCUGAGACAUGCGGGAAGGAGCUGCUGAGAGAGCCCGAUGUUCGCUUGAGGACAUGUGCUCAUUUUGCGUGCAAUGAAGGGCACCUUGAGGUAGUGAGGUACCUCGCGGAGACAUGCGGGAAGGAGCUGCUCGGAGAUAAGGACAAGGAUGGCUGGACAUGCGCGCACGCGGCAAGCUUGGGAGGGCAUGUAGACGUUCUGGUGUUGAUCGCGAAGACAUAUGGGGAGAAGAUCCUAAGAGACAAAGGAAAUGAUGGUGCGACAUGCGCGCAUGCGGCAAGCCAGGAAGGGCACAUGCAGGUACUGAUGUACAUUGUGGAGACAUGCGGGAAAGAGGCGCUCAGAGACAAGAAGGAUGGUCAAGUGACAUGCGAACAUGUGGCGUGCGCUGUAGGGCACUUGGCAGUGCUGAGGUACCUUGCGGAGACAUGCGGGAAGGAGGUGAUGAGAGAAAAGACUAUCAACGGAAUGACAUGCGCGCAUAUUGCAAGUCAGGGAGGGCAUGUGGAGGUACUGAAGUAUCUUGCUGAGACAUGCGGGGAGGAGGUGAUGAGAGAGAAGAAGAACGACGGAAUGACAUGCGCCGAUUACGCAAGUCAGGGAGGGCAUGUGGAGGUACUGAGGUACCUCGCGGAGACAUGCGGGAAGGAACUGCUGACAGAAGAACAUGAUGACGGUGGGACGUUUUUGUCUAUCACUGGAGAGCAAGACAUCAGAGCCUUUUGUGAAGGUUUGGGGUGGAGUAGUUGA